AUGUCCCAAGUUGCCCGAGUAAAGAAGAUGUUUGAUGACAUCUCCUCCUUUUCCGAGGAGGACCUCAGCGAUGAUAAGGCCAUGCAGGACAAGGUAAAUGUGCUGCCCCAGACGUACUCAGCGCAGCACGUUGACCCUGCACUGCGUGGUGUCACUACGUUCGCAACAACUUCUGCUCAUGAGGUUCACAGUGAUGGUGACACAAACGCCUUUGCGCUCAAGCUAGCGUCUGGAUUCCAGCACCUGGCGGAGCCGGAGAGUGCUGGCGGAGAUGCAGAACAGGUCACUAUGGUAGCACGCGUGUCCAUCUCACUGACUCCGAAGCAAUCUCCCCGAGUUGCACCGUCAACGCCGCCACCGGCGCAGGCUCUAGUGCAAGUGAAAUCCCCCUCGGCAAUCAUGCGAGCGCACCAGCAGCCCGCAUCCACUCAGCCCGGCACCUCGUCGCCGAAGAGGUCUGCGCUUGGUAACGACUCUGCGUACAGUACGCCGACAGCUCUAUCGCAUCGACAGGAAUGGCGAGAGGAGGUCGAGGACGUCAUAGGUCCUCGCAAAGCUGAUGCCGGUAAGGCGAGCUUCCGGAAGGAUCGUCGCUACUCUUCCCCAGACGUAUAUAACUCGCAUGGGAAAAAAGGCAGCGGCGGUACUGCUGUCAUGGGUGCUGAAGGUACUCCUUCUGCGCAGUACCGUGAGAAGAAGAGAAGAGAGGUGGUGCCUCUCAGCACCAUGGAAAACCGCGGAGAGCGCUACAGCACCCAGUAUCGCUCUGACGAUUCCGAGAACUACGAGAUGCAGGAACAGUACACACCCGUGUCGAUGAAUCAGGCAACGGCGGCGCAGAUAGGCUACCGACGCCCGGAAUAUACGGCUCACUGUGGCGCACACGCCGGCCUUCGGCAGGUCCCAAACAGCGACGACAACGCAGAUGAUGACUUCCCCUGCACCUAUUACAUCUUCCCCCGCCUCAACCCAGCCUUCGCUGACUAUCAGGGCAGCCGCACUACCGGGGCCGCGGUCAAGAGGGGUGAGAUGAUGCCGCCAAACGUGGUGGAGAGGUACUUUGCGUACCUUAUGGUGACCGAUAUUCACAUCGCUGUCUACCUCGUCGUGCUCUUCUUGUCAGUCGUGCUGGUGGUUGUGUCGAUCCUCACAUCGCAGCUCGACAUCGUGAACAACGCUUGCUUAACGUACUGGGGCUACAAAAACAACUGCGAUAGCUCCUCCUAUACCAUCACGCGACGGCUUUACCCCUGUGCCGGUAUCCGUCACCACCUCGGCGCUGGCGCUGCCUUCUCCAUUAUCACGCUUGUUGUGUACCUGGUGAAUUUCAUAGCUGUCAUCAUCGUAGUCUUUUGUCUGAAGGAGUCGCCACAUACCAUCUCGCUCAAGUCUCGCAUGGUCGUCAGUGCCCUCGGGUGUGUCACAGUCGUCGCACAGCUGAUCUCCUGGGCGGUGGUGGCAAGAAUCUACAACGCUAACUACUGCCCCGUAGGGGAGCUUGCAUACGGAGUCGGCUUUGGGCUCAACCUCUCGUCAUGGGUGAUGAAUAUUAUCGGCGUCACACUCGUCCUCGCCGCUCCCACCAUUACCGUGGACUAUCAUCUGUAA